UACAAUCUUCGACAUUUUUAUUUGAGAGUGUGAUGAUCACCGGAGCCGAGACCGAAGGCGUGAUGGAAGAGAUACAAACGCAGAAGAAGGAAGAACAAAAUCACGGAGAGAAAGUAGAAGAAGAAGAAGAGGAGGAAGGUCCUCCUCCGGGAUGGGAAUCUGCAGUUCUUCCUCCUCCUCAGCCUACAUCUCCUCCUCCGACCACCACCGUAUCCGCCGCCGUAAACCCCACUCCCACCACCGCCGAAAUUCCCGGUAUUCUAAUAGUCUGUUUCAGGGGAUUGUUAUCAAUCAAAUUUUCCCCAUUUCAUGUCCAAUUUCGUGAAACGGCGCAAAUGGUAUGUGGAUCUUGCAGGCGUUUACUUUCGUAUCCAAAAGGAACCAAACACGUGAAGUGCUCGUGCUGUCAGACUGUAAAUCUCGUUCUUGAAGCUAACCAGGUUGGUCAGGUGAGUUGCAGCAAUUGCAAACUGCUCCUGAUGUAUCCUUAUGGAGCUCCAUCUGUUAGAUGUUCCUCCUGCAAUUCUGUCACUGAUAUCAGAGAAAACAACAAACGACCUCCAUGGUCUGUGCAGCAAGGACCGCUCAAAACUUUCAGCAGUGUCCGGUGAGAAGACUAAACUUAAACCGGUUUGAUGACAAAAGUUGCCUUUUUUUUGUCAACUGAUGAAAAAACUUGUCAUAGUGUUAAAAGGACAAAAAUCUGAAUCACCAAUCUUUUAGAUACUUGUUCACUUCUCAAUUUCUCAUUAACUCUUUUAACUUGAUGCUUUAGAUUUACUGUCAUUUGGUAUUUCUUUUUAAGAAUUGUGUGAUUUGUCUUUACAUGGUAGUGGUUUAAUGUGUGCAUCCACUAAAAAUUCGAUUUCCGUACCGGACCGAUGUAUUCAAACACAG